AUGAACACGAUAUUUACUCCACCAUUGUACAUACAGCGAUACGAAUUUGUAAUCGACUUCGUCAAAAAGAACAAACCCAAAAAGGUGGUAGACUUGGGAUGCAAUGACUGCACUCUCCUUAGGAAGCUGAAGUUUCACAAAGAAAUUGAACUGCUUGCUGGACUGGACAUUGACUGUGCAGUUAUCAGGGCUAAAAUGUAUGAACUGGCACCGAUUCCAACUGACUACCUGCAGCCAGGUGAUCAUCCCCUGACCAUUGAGCUGUACCAGGGUUCAGUCACCGAGAGGGAUCCCCGCACCAAAGGAUUUGAUCUGGUGACGAGUAUUGAGCUCAUUGAGCAUCUACAGCUUGAGGAUGUGGAUAGGUUCACUGAGGUUGUAUUUGGCUACAUGGCCCCAGUAGCAGCAAUCAUUAGCACUCCAAACGCUGACUUCAACCCCCUGCUCCCCGGGCUGACAGGGUUUAGACACUACGACCACAAAUUUGAAUGGACUAAAGUAGAGUUUCAGACCUGGGCUCUGAAGGUGUGCAAAGAGUUUGGUUAUGUGGUGGCGUUUACAGGUGUAGGACAGAUACCGGCCCAGGAGGAGAGCAUCGGGUUCUGCUCUCAAAUCGGAGUGUUUCAGAUAGCAGGAGGUGACGCACGUCUGCAAAAUAAUGUCGCAGAGGAGCAUCUUCCUUACAGAGUGUUAUACAACGUGGUGUACCCAAGCCUGUGUGACAGCAAUAUCUUCCAGAGGACUCUGGUGAAUGAGGUCCUGUACUGGGCUGAGACCCUGAAGAGAGAGUGGCUGGAGGAGAUACGUGGAAUGGGGGAUGAAGAAUCAGAACAGACAGGUGAAGAGGGUUGUUCGAGAGAAGGAAUGGACAGGGAGGAGAGUCAGACAGGUGAAGUGGAGGCAGGUGGUAGAGGGUUUGAGGUAGAGAAUGAGGAGGUGGGGGGAGAGGGUAGAACAGACAUGGGACAGGAGGAGCCCUACAGAGAAGGUCAGUCUGUGUGUGUCCCCUUGGUCAGGUUGUGCUCCUGCCCCAGAGUGCAAGCUCUGAGUGGGACAGUCCAGAGUCUCACAAAGUUCCUACUGGAGAACUCUAGAGUACAGUUAACCAACGAUGGCACUGCCGUGGUGUUGGUGGACAGCGAUGAUGAAGAUUUGGAGUGGGAUGAGAACUGUGAUAACACAGGGACAGGUCCGUUUUUUGUCAGUAGCGUGGAGAACGAGGACUGGGAGACCGAGCUUGGUCAGUAG